UGAGAUCACAGUGACGUGAAAAGCAAGGCAAGAGAAUCACCCCUCCAUCCAUUCCAAAAAUACUCCUGUUACAGCCAGCAAGAGCACGCGCUGCAGCCGAUCCGUCCACCACCAAAAGACCCAAGCUGUAUUUCCAACCGACCCAUUUUUCCAAGACUGAAGGACAUCACAGAACCAGAUAUCCAUUGCACUGCUUAGAUGGAGAUAAAGGCAAUGAGUGAAAUAUAAGCUUUUCUCCAAGAAAUCAAGAUUGGUGCCUGUCAAACACAUUGCUUAUACACCCGGACUGUAACUCAUCUGUACUCAGAGGUAACAUUACUACCUGCGUAGAGCUGAUUAAAUCAGCUUUAAUCAAGCUAACGCAAGGACUAAAAGCCCGGCGACGCAGCAUCAUUGAAGGCUACGUGAUCCCACCAGAACCCCUGGGCCAGUAUCCAAGGAGCUACUCCAUGCGGCCUCCCGUGCUACCACAUUUCCACCAACGGCAGUAGGAGCUAGCGGCAGCGGUGCAGCCGGGUGCCUGCGGCACGCAGCUGUAAGCACCGCUCCCCCCAGCUAUGUCGGCACAGUCACAGCAGGACACGGUCCCUCGCCUGAGAAAGUCACAGUUUAAACAGGCAAGGCAGAGGAAUAACAUCAGAAAGCACAAACACAGCCAAGACAGGUUGGGGUAGUCAAGCGAGAAUGGGUAAGUGUGAGGGGCAGAUCAGCAGAAUCAAAGGCUACUACUGGGUUUUACAGCAAGGAAAGCUGUGUCUAGGAGACAGCAGAGGCAGAAAAGCUGAGGCAAAACUCAUGAACUGCAUGUUUGCUCCUGCUCCCUUCAGUGAUUCCAUGACAUGCUAUCCCGUCCUUCCUGCAAACAUUUCAAAGAAAAGUUUUUGAAUGAUAGUGCUCUGCUAUAGUCACUGCUGCUGGGAAGGGCUAUACAAACAUCUGCCAUACAUUCAUCAAAUAAAAUUCAGCCAGAGCUUUUGUUUACACGGUUUGUCCCUUAAAACCAGCACUUGGCUGCAACAUUCGGUCAUAGCUGCCAUAUUAAAAAUGAACCUUUUAUUUUAAACACAGUACAUUUUGUAACAGGAAAAUCAAUAUACUGUAACCCAGAGUAUUGCAGACAACAGCUGUAGGAUAUAAUCUGAUGAUAGAAAGUUGAAAACAGUAUUUUUGGCAGUUAUAUGUUGAGCUAAUCUUUUACUUUUUGGUUUUAACAGCAGCAGGGUAUAAAGAUCUGAGUUUUCUCCCUACCUGAUGACCCAAAGCUACACAAAAUGAAGAAACUACUGUUUGCAAUAUUAAAGUGCCACUAACACUGCUAGAGAGUAAAUCACUUGUUACUGGAUUUUUUCUCUAUAGGAUACUGUAGGUAGUCCCAGAGCUACAAUAAAUUAAUGGGCCCUGUCUCAGAAAUCUCACAGCCUUUGGCAAAGAGAGAGCAAGACACUUAAGCAGAAGGAAUACCUUGCAAGGACUACUACUUUUCACUGCCCUUCUCUUUGGCUCUAGUUAAGGGUGCUCAGCAAUGUUCAAGACUGGGAUACACAAUCCAUCUACGCUCGGAGAAGUCACCUCGUUUAAAAAGGGACGUCACGAUCAAAACAGCUACUUUCAAGCCUCAGCUAAGACUUCUGCUGCUAAUUUCUACUUAAAAGAGUUGAUAUGAGAAAUUAAGCAAGUUUGAACAGCCUAGGAUUCCUGACAGGCUUCUGAGGACUUCAUGCUGUGCACGUUUUAUGCGCUCAUAGCUGACAGCUUGCUGGGAAGAUGAGUUCUCAACCUAAAACCGGAUGGGGCUUCGCAGCAACUUCUUGGGUAGAGAGAUAACUUUCAACUGAAUUCAAACGGUCUCCGUGUUGUGCAAGGGAUCCAAUCAUAACUUGCUAUGGAGGAUGAUUUUUAAGAUGAAUACCUACCUUGGUGAUAAAUCCAAUUCAUCAACACCUGGAUAUUUGAAAGUGUCUGCACUAAACAGUGGCAAUCUUUCUGCAAACAACUCCAAUGAGACAGCAAGCUAUCUGGAUUCACCUGCCUUGGAUAUCAGCAGGGCUAUAAUUGUGGGGCUUAUCCUAGGUGCCUUUAUACUCUUUGCUAUUAUAGGUAAUAUCUUGGUAAUUCUCUCUGUUGCUUGCAAUAGACAUUUAAGAAUCCCUACAAACUAUUUCAUAAUUAACCUCGCAAUAGCAGAUUUGUUGCUGAGUUUUACUGUCCUUCCAUUCUCUGCUACACUGGAAAUCCUUGGCUACUGGGUUUUGGGGAGGAUAUUUUGUGAUAUCUGGGCAGCAGUCGACGUGCUGUGCUGUACAGCUUCUAUUUUAAGUCUAUGUGCAAUUUCUAUAGACAGAUAUAUAGGGGUACGUUAUUCUCUCCAGUAUCCAACUUUGGUAACAAGAAGAAGGGCAAUUUUAGCUCUCCUGGGUGUCUGGGUCCUUUCCAUGGUAAUCUCUAUCGGGCCUCUUUUGGGCUGGAAAGAACCAGCACCCAAGGACGAUAAGGAGUGCCGUAUCACUGAAGAACCGUUCUAUGCUUUGUUUUCUUCCUUGGGGUCAUUUUACAUUCCUUUGAUUGUCAUUCUUGUGAUGUACUGUCGGGUCUACAUAGUGGCCAAAAGGACUACUAAAAACCUGGAAGCUGGGGUUAUGAAAGAAAUGUCCAACUCCAAGGAGCUGACUUUACGGAUUCAUUACAAGAACAUUCACGAGGACACAUUAAACAACACCAAAUCCAAGGGUCACAAUCCCAGGAACUCCUUAGCUUUCAAACUAUUUAAAUUCUCUAGAGAAAAGAAGGCAGCCAAGACACUGGGAAUUGUGGUUGGCAUGUUUAUCUUGUGCUGGCUACCUUUCUUCAUAGUUCUGCCACUAGGCUCUCUGUUUUCUGCUCUGAAGCCCCCUGAAACGAUCUUCAAGGUGAUUUUUUGGCUUGGCUACUUUAACAGCUGCUUGAAUCCAAUCAUCUACCCUUGCUCAAGCAAAGAGUUCAAGAGGGCUUUUAUACAAAUCCUAAAAUGCCAGUGCCACCGUCGAAAGCAGCUGGGAUGGUGGGCCUACAGCUACAGAAACUGGAAUCGGUGCUCCUUUGAACACCCUAGGAAGGACUCUCUGGAAGAUAGUGGGAGUUUCCUCAGUGGCAGUCAGAGGACAUUAUCUUCAGCAUCUCCUAGCCCGGGCUACCUGAGCAGAAUCACUCACCCGCAUAUGGAGAUGUGCACAUUCCAGGAGUGGAGAAACUCCAGCUCUUUCCUGAGCCCCUUACAGGAAGGCAACAGGCAAAAGGAUCCGUGCCAGUUCUUUACCUUCAAUCUCUUAACAGAGGGCAACGGACACAUUGCUGCUGGCAACCAAGUUUCCAGCAAUAGGAACUGCGAGGCCGUUUGUGACGCACUGAAUGGCAAAACUAACUGCAGAGCAGACAUGACGCUGGAAUGAACAAAUUCAAAACACUCUCUGCAUGGACUCUGUUCUCCUCUUCACUAACUCAUUGGAUGUUUAGCCCAGGUGAAGAAAUGGACCUAUGCACAGUUUCUCAGUAUGGCAAUAGAAGAAAGCCAGUGAGGGACAGGCAGGCUCCCAUCACAAGAGUGGCAGAGUCUGGGGAGCAACCAUAUUUCAAGUCAAUUGCCAGAGAGGCUACA